AUGGGACAGGUUACUGGACAGGGUGUGGGACAGGUUAUUGAGCAGAUUAUGGGACAGGACCUGUUGAGAUCUGCCAGUCAGCAUUCAGACAGCAGUGGUUUUGCUGAGGAGCCGUUGACCGACUGCCCCAGCUCUUUAAAGCUGCAGGAGAGUAGCGACAGCUGUGACAGUGAGACUACGGUCACGUCACGCCUAUCACAUGACGUGGCCACACCCCUUGCCCUAGAACAGCCGGCAUUUGAUAGGCUGGUUGGCGCAGAGGAGGAGGAGCCUGAUGGAUGUUCUACAGAGACAGAGGAACACGAUGGGAGUUCUGAAGAAGUCCUUCAGUACUCAGUCCACCAGCUCCCAACUGAAGAACCAACCAGAACAGGAACUAGGAGGAGAAUGGAGGGUUUGUGUGGUGUGUCAGACGCCUCUCUGGUCCAGCAGGUUCUGAAGCAGGCCUCCUCCUGCCAUCAGGGUCUGGCAGUGCCCAGAGAGAGACGCCUUCCUCUGCAGAGGUCUUCCUCACUGCCAUCCUCCUUCCUCUCUCCGACCCGCGUGGUCUCCUCUAUGAGGAUCCAGUUUGGGAGCGGGGGCAUGGCAGCCUCCACCCCCCCAAAAUACUCCUACCAAUACGCCUACCAGGAGGAGGAGGAGGAGGGGGAGCAAACCAAGUGCAUGUCUACUCUGGUCAUAAAGCCUGCCUCCUCUCACACUAAUGACCACUCAUCUUGUCUCAACAUGGACACUUUCACCCCCACAAUCCCUAAACCCAUUCCCCGCCACCUAAUCCCAUCCUCCUAUUGUCUGCCAAGCCCCAGUCCUCCUCCUGAUGGUUUUGGGAGGCUGUUAGGAGGUUAUACUCGCUCCUGGAGCACCCAGAGUGUUCCUGAUCUGUCCUCUGAUCAGCAGCAGCCUGGCCACUUACAUCAGAAGCAGAACACCAACCAGAACAACCAUAGCUGGAGUCAUUUAACUAAUGCUAAUGCUAAUGCUAUUGCUAGUCCCUUCCCUUGUCCGUGCCCAGCUCAGUAUCCUGGCCCCUUCCAGUCAUAUCCCAGUGUCCCCAGUCUGCAUCAGUGCUACCGGUACCCCUCCCAUCCCUUUCCCCACCACAGUAGUCCAGGCAUUCUGUACCAGCCUCCAGCUCCCACAAUCCCUCAGCACAGCGGCCUCACCUUUCUCCAUCAGCCUACAAGCACCACAAUAGCCGAUCAAAGCUACAUCCAUGCUCAGCUGCCUGUUGGUUCGUACAGUCACACCCCCUCCCCUGCCUCAUCCUACCAUAGUUACAGCCCCCACCACCCACCCGCAUCUGCCCUGGGUCUGGGUCUUCAGCCGGGGCUGGCUCAUAGUCCUGCACCAGGUGGCUUCCAGACCCCAUCCAGCACUGAGAUGCAGCUGAGGAGAGUCCUGCAUGAGGUCCGGGGAUUAGUCCAGAGCCUGGCCCAGAACUCAGCAGACACUCCUUCAGACAUGCUGAGCGAACCCAGAGCAGCUCUGUCCAUCAGCCAGUUAUCUCUGGCAGAGCUACAGCACAAGAGGCGGAGUCUGAAUGCAUUUCGGAGUCACAUGAUGGAUCUGGAGCUGUCAAUCAUCAGACAGCAAGCACUGGUCUACACACACAUGAGUCCUACUGACAGGCUGCAGGUAGAGCAGCUUCAGGCUCUGAGGACAGCAGUCAGAGAUGAACUAAAGGACCUGGAAUACCAACUGGAAGAUAGACUGCAAUACACACAUGCUAUGGGUCUUCAUCGAGGUGGUAGUGUUGACAGUCUGUCUGCUGCCUCAGCACUGAGAGCAAUGGAGCCGGUAUCUGACCUCCUUAGGGAACAGCUUCAUCUUCAAUCAGAACUUGACUAUGAAGGUCACACCCCCUCCGCUGGCCCCUCCUCCCGUUCCUCCAGUCCAAUCAGAACAAAUUCUGGGCAGAAAUCAGAAGUGUACCGGGCAUCAAUCAACAUAACACCUGCUGCUCCUCCUCGGCCCAUCACCCACACUGCAGAGAGAGAGAGGUUCGAGCAAGAUGAGGGGGGCAGGGAUGAAGGCCGAAGAUGGGUGGACCAACAGCAGGAGAGGGCAGGAGCAGAGGGAGGAGCCGGAGAUGGUGUUGCCAUUGGAAACCUCCAACUACUCAUUCAAAAGAUCAGAGAAAGUGUGGUGCAGGAAGUUCGUCGGGAAAUUUUCAACGAGCUGAUGGAUGUUGUGUCACCACAGAGGUCACAUUCGGUGACCACAGAACAACCCCUGUAGUCAUGGCUACC